CUCCUUCCUGCCUCAGAACAUCCAUCGCGCGCUGUCCAGAAGAAAUGCUGCUGGCGGGGACGAGCAAGACAUGGCGGGCGCUUCUGGCGCUCGCGCUUGCAGGCAUCGCAGUCUCGGCGGCGACGGCUGCUGCCCAGGUCGUUGAUCUGAGCGGGCCCGCCGCCGACGUGUUCUCGCGCCAAGAGGCCGUCAAUGCGACGCAGCCUGCGAGCAGCAGCAAUGACGACAACAACAACGGCACCUCGGCGGCCGCGGCGGGCCCAGACCAGAGCGUGGCCGCCGCGCCGUUUCCCAACUCGUACUACGCCUCGCUCGCCGACGAGGGCGUGUCCGUGGGCGAGUUCAACGCGACGUCGGCGCCAAAGUACCCCUCGCCGUGGAUGGACGGAAGUGGAGGGUGGGAGGAGGCGUAUGCGCGCGCACGCGACUUUGUCGCCCAGCUCACCGUUCCCGAAAAGGUCAACCUCACCUCGGGCACGGGCUGGCAGACGGAGUCGUGCGUCGGCCAGACGGGCGCCAUCCCCCGUCUCGGCUUCCGGUCGCUGUGCAUGCAGGACUCGCCGCUGGGCAUGCGUUUCGGCGACUACAACUCCCUCUUUCCUGCGGGCGGCACCGUCGCCGCCUCGUUUGACCGCAAGCUCUGGUACGAGCGCGGCCAGGCCAUGGGUGCCGAGUUCCGCGACAAGGGCGCCGACGUCCAGCUUGGGCCCGUCGUGGGGCCCCUGGGCAGGAGCCCCGAGGGUGGUCGCGGCUUCGAGGGCUUCAGCCCUGACCCGGUGCUGAGCGGCAUCGCAGGCGCAGAGACGGUCAAGGGCAUGCAGUCGCAAGGUGUCAUGGCGACGAUGAAGCACUUUAUCCUCAACGAGCAGGAGCACUUCCGCCAGGUCGGCGAGGCCACCGGCUACGGCUACAACAUCACCGAGGCACUCAGCUCCAACAUCGACGACGCCACGAUGCACGAGCUCUACCUCUGGCCGUUUGCCGACGCCGUCCGGGCCAACGUGGCCUCGGUCAUGUGCUCCUACACCCAGAUCAACAACUCGUACGGGUGCCAGAACAGCUACACGAUGAACCACCUGCUCAAGGGCGAGCUCGGCUUCCAGGGCUUCAUCAUGAGCGACUGGCAGGCCCAGCAUGCCGGCAUCGGCGGCGCACUGGCUGGCUUGGACAUGGCCAUGCCCGGCGACACGCUCUUUGACACCGGCGACGCCUUCUACGGCGCCAACCUCACCAUCGGCGUCCUCAAUGGCUCCAUGCCCCUCUGGCGCCUCGACGACAUGGCGACGCGCAUCAUGGCCGCCUACUACCUCGUGGGCCGCGACAAGCACCAGAUUCCCAUCACCUUCAACUCGUGGUCCUACGACACCUUUGGCUACCAGCACUACAUCUCCCAGCUCGGCUACGGCCUCAUCAACGAGCACGUCGAUGUGCGCCAAGAGCACGGCCAUGCGAUUCGGCGCAUGGCUGCGCGCUCGACGGUCCUCCUCAAGAACGUCAACAAGACGCUGCCGCUGUCCGACAAGGAGAAGUUCACCGCCGUCUUUGGCAGCGACGCUGGCGACUCGCCCAUCGGGCCCAAUGGCUGCGGCGACCGCGGCUGCGACAACGGCACCCUCGCCGCCGGCUGGGGUUCCGGAUCGGCCAACUUCCCCUAUCUCGUCAGCCCACUCGCGGCCAUUGCAAGGCGCUCCCUCGACAAGGGCAACGGCAUCGUCCAGGGCAUCCUCGACGACUACGCCUACGACGAGAUCACCGCCCUCGCCAAGCAGGCCUCGGUCGCCCUCGUCUUUGUCAAUGCCGACUCGGGCGAGGGCUAUAUCUCCGUCGAUGGAAACGAGGGCGACCGUCAGAAUCUGACGCUGUGGCACGGCGGCGAGCAGCUCGUCCGCAACGUCACUGCCUCGUGCAACAACACCAUCGUCGUCGUCCACUCCACGGGCCCCGUCCUCCUCGACGGCAUCCACGACAACCCCAACGUGACGGCCCUCGUCUGGGCCGGCCUGCCUGGCGAGCAGUCGGGCAACUCCCUCGUCGAUGUCCUCUACGGCGACGUGAACCCGGCCGCCAAGCUGCCGUUCACCAUGGGUGCCACGCGCCAGGACUACGGCACCGACCUGCUGUACAAGCCCAACAACGGCGAGGCGGCGCCUCAGGACGUCUACGCCGAGGGCCCCUUCAUCGACUACCGAGCCUUUGACAAGUACAACAAGACGCCCGUGUACGAGUUCGGCUAUGGGCUCUCCUACACCAAGUUCAAGUACUCGAACCUGCAAGUCGAGCAGAACUACGAUGCGCCCGCGUACGAGUCUGGCGCCCGGUGGACCGCCGAUGCACCCACCGUGGGUGGCACCGACGUCGGCAAGGCCGACAGCUAUGUGUUCCCGGCCAACUUUACGCGCCAGGGCUGGCAGUUUAUCUACCCCUUCCUCAACACGACGGACCUCAAGGCGGCCUCGGGCGCGCCCGACUAUGGCGCGGACCCCGACACGUGGCUGCCCGCCGGCGCCCGCAACGGCUCCUCGUUUGAGCUGCCCCGCGCUGGCGGCGCGCCAGGCGGCAACCCGCGCCUGUACGACGUCCUCUUCCGCGUCACGGCCGACGUCACCAACGUGGGCGACGUCGUCGGCGACGACGUCGUGCAGCUCUACGUCAACCUGGGCAAAGGCCCACGCGACGCCAAGGUCGCCCUCCGCGGCUUCGACCGCCUCUGCAACAUGCAGCCGGGCGAGACGCGCACAUUCGAGGCCAACCUCACGCGCCGCGACCUCAGCUACUGGAACAGCACCCGGCAGGACUGGGCCAUCUCGUCGGACACAAAGACCGUCUACAUUGGCCACUCGAGCCGCAAGCUGGCCCUGCACCAGCGGCUGCCCAAGGCCAAGUAGCUCUUUCUCUCUCCUCUCUCCUAUCUUCCUUCACACUGGGACAAUAAUAUAGUUGCCUCUGCUAUGACGCCUGAUUUUGAAUUACAAAUCCG